UUGGGCUCUGCUGGGUGGAGGCGCUGGGCCUGGCGGGAGGUGUCCUUGAGCCCCUGUCCCCUGGCUGGGAGCGGGGGAGUCAGGGGGUGGUUGUGAGGGAGCAGGGGGCUCUGGACAUCACAGACCAGAAAUGGUGCUUCAAGGAUGACCGCAUCGUCUUCUGGACUUGGAUGUUCUCUACCUACUUCAUGGAGAAAUGGGCGCCGCGGCAGGAUGACAUGCUGUUCUACGUGCGCCGGAAGCUGGCGUACCCAGGCAGUGAGGGCAGCGUGGACGGGAGGAAGCGGGCCGAGGCGGAGCCCGAGGUGGAGGUGGAGGUGUACCGGCGCGACUCCAAGAAGCUGCCGGGCCUUGGAGACCCUGACAUUGACUGGGAGGAGAGUGUUUGCCUGAACCUCAUCCUGCAGAAGCUGGACUACAUGGUCACCUGUGCCGUGUGCACGCGCACUGAUGGGGGGGACAUCCACAUCCAUAAGAAGAAAUCCCAGCAAGUGUUUGCGUCCCCCAGUAAACACCCCAUGGACAGCAAGGGGGAGGAAUCCAAGAUCAGCUACCCCAACAUCUUCUUCAUGAUCGACAGCUUCGAGGAGGUGUUCAGCGACAUGACCGUGGGGGAGGGAGAGAUGGUCUGUGUGGAGCUGGUGGCCAGUGACAAAACCAACCUGUUCCAAGGGGUCAUCUUCCAGGGCUCCAUCCGCUACGAGGCCCUCAAGAAGGUGUACGACAACCGAGUGAGCGUGGCUGCCCGGAUGGCACAGAAGAUGUCGUUCGGCUUCUACAAGUACAACAACAUGGAGUUCGUGCGCAUGAAGGGGCCACAGGGCAAGGGCCACGCGGAGAUGGCCGUCAGCCGCGUGUCUACUGGGGACACAUCCCCCUGCGGGACUGAAGAGGAUUCCAGCCCGGCCUCACCCAUGCACGAGCGGGUGACCUCCUUCAGCACGCCCCCUACCCCAGAGCGGAACAACCGGCCCGCUUUCUUCUCCCCGUCCCUCAAGAGGAAGGUGGCCCGGACCCGGAUCACGGAGAUGAAGAAGUCUCACUCGGCCAACGACAGCGAGGACUUCUUCCGCGAGGACAAGGGCGGGGCUGAUCUGCAUAAUGCCACCAACCUCCGGUCUCGGUCCCUUUCCGGCACGGGGCGGUCCCUGGUUGGGUCCUGGCUGAAGCUGAACCGAGCGGACGGCAAUUUCCUUCUCUAUGCACAUUUGACCUACGUCACGCUGCCACUGCAUCGGAUUUUAACAGACAUCCUGGAAGUUCGGCAGAAGCCCAUCCUGAUGACCUAGCCGUGUGCAGAGCCUGCGCAGAGCCCCCCAGCCCUGCCCGGCCCUGGGGGUGCUGCCAAGUGCCUACCUGUCCACCGCCACCGGGGUCUUCUGUGACAGCCCAGCGCCGGAGCCGGAGCCAGGCGGGGCCGCUCGCCUCCUGGGGCCAGGGCCGACUCCACGAACACCAGCCCAAACUGAAGUGCCUCUUUCUCCCCCGCCGGCUCGGCUCCUGCACCACCCCUGGGCCCGCCCGCCCGCCCGCCCCCCUCCAUCCCCCGGCCCAUCUCUGCAGCACCCUCUGCACCCCGAGAGGCCCAGAGAUGGCAAGAGGCUGCGAGAGAGCAGAGGAGCGGCCGGCGGCCGGAGCGUGUCCGGACCGACCGACCCGACGUGUGCGCGCAGACCGCUGGUGGACAGGCCCCCGAGUGUCCAGCCUCACCGAGAACUGGCUCACGGUUCCGUCCUGCUGUACCCAUGAACUUCCGCGUCCGAGUUAGGCCCGACUUGUCCGCCCUCCCUUGUUUACCGCUUGGUCACACAUGGGUUGCCUCGGGGAGCCGGGGCACGCAGCUGUCUGAGGGUUUUGCCCUGGGCUGGGAAUACCUCACCCCACGCCCGGUUCCAGAAAGGCCCCAAUCCUGCCAGAAUGGCCUUUGCUUCCAGCCAAAGAGCACCACCAACACACACACCUCCGCCUUGGAGACAUCCCGCUCUGCGCCUCGGCUGGCGUGACCCACAGAAUCGGGACUCUGAGAGCAGGUGGGACAGCCUGGUAGUCUGACAGGAGAGGAGUGUUGGGGGCGGGGGUUGGCCUCCUCCCAGGAAGGUUCUAGGUAGGACCUCCAUCCUCGGGGGGCCGGGGAGGGGAUAGGCUGUUUUCCUGGAGCUUGCUUUGGCAGAGUGCGCUGGUCCCGUUUCUCAGACCGGCUCACUGAGGCAAAGAGGACUUGACCUCCAGGCGGCUGGCCCAGUGGGUCUGCGCGAGCGGCCUUGUUGGGGCCGGAGGGAUUCCCACCUGUGACGGAUGACACGCUGUGCUCUUCUCAACACCACGAGCCCUCUCGAGCGGAAGCGUUCCCCUGCCCCACUGGGAAUAAACUGUCAGCUGGGUCUCUGUCGCGAUGUUGUUUUGUGUGGAGCCCCCGGAGUAGCGGAGGUUUGCUGUGUGCACGGAGACCCUCUCUGCGAGGAGGAGGGAUUGGGGGGCUCCUCCUCCCACCCGCUCUGUUCUGCGCGCUCCAAGGGUUUGCGCUGGGCUCUGGGAACAGGGGCUACCUUGGGGCUUUCUCUAGAUUUUAUACGCGGUUAUUAAAGCAAGCUGUUGCAUUUCAUUCUGCCUCAGUUGGCCCACCUGUAAAAUGGGGCUGAUACCACCUACCUCAUGAAGCGUCCAGGGUUCUGGUGCAUGACUGGGUCAGGCAGCCUCUUGCAGAGCUCGGGUCCGGGCAGACUCUGGGAUGCUUCCCCCAGCCGUCCUCUGUGGGGGGGGGGGGGCUGGGCUGGAACAUUCUCGUCUUCUGUGGCAGUGCCCAGCCCCUGCUUAGCCGAAUCCCAGCUGUCUGCACAAUUUUACGUUCCAGAGCAGGGUUUCAGGACAGCACAGAGUCGGGCCUCUCCGCCACGUGCUGGGGCAGAGCCUCUGAUCCCUGAGCACGGCCCCAAGUUCCAGAAGUGUUCUCCAGGGGAGCCAAAUGCUGCUGCCACAUUUGUGUCCAGGGAGGCUAAGAUACAGCUUCAGGAAUUCUCUCUCCCUGGUCGUCCGGGGUCUGGAGACUCUGGAACUCAGGUGUUGGGGGCAAUACAGCCCCGGUGCAUGUUCCACGGAAGGAUGAGGUAGGCAAACAGACGCGGGAAGAUGGCGGCCCUCCCUCUGCUCUCAGGGUCCCCCCACUGGAGCCAAACCCUGAGGCUCAGCCACCCACUGCUGGCGGGGCCGCGGGCACGUCCGAUGCCCCCUCUGUAAAGUGACAGACGCACGUCACAGGUCACUGAGGGCCGUUUGCAGUAAUGCGCACAAGGGCUUUGCUGGUUGUAGAAAUGGGCGCCACAGUGACGUUCCAGAGAUGACCCCUCGUUUGUAACGUGCCAGCGGCGUACACGGCGGCUUGGCUGUUUCCGCUCCCACACCGGGGCGGCGCUCACACACACGGGCUCGGUCGUCAUCCCCAGCCUCGGGCCCGGCCCACGGCCCACCCGGCGUCCGCGACACCACGGCCCUGGGACAGACGGGAGCGUGUGGGCGGCGGCGUCCGCCCUCUGCCCUUUCCCUCUUCCGGAGGUCACGUCUGAAACUGAAUUUUAAUCACGCUUUUUUGAGAGGCACUUGGUCACUAGGCAGUAAGCUGUCACCCUGAGGUUCUUUUCAAAGUGACAAAGCACAUCAGUGACAGAGGAAUAGAUGACAAGUGAUGGGGCCAAGCCCACCCCCAGUGUCCUGGCGUGUCCGGCUGUCACUUCUCGUAAGGCCAUCUUUCAUGUUUCUGGAAACACGCCUGUCUCUUGUGUAACGCGGGGAUGACCAAAGUCGCGCACAUUUCUUCAGUGGGAACUGGAAUCAAAGUGUGGUUUUUCUGUGAAGGCACCGCAGUGUCACUUUUUAGGACACGAAUAAGAGAGCAAGCUCUCCUCUCAUAAGAAAUGUCACGGUCCUGGCAUCCGAUGGGCGGCCUGUGGCCUCUCGUCCACCUUCCAGUGCCCGCAGGCCGAGGAGGCAUUCGGUCUCGCACGCUGAUGUCUUCCAGGAGCUUCCAGUUGCUGGUAGAAAUAGCCGAGGCUCAGCAUCUCAGAAAAAUCUUAUUUAAGAUAGUCAUCCACAGGGAACAGAAUCUUCCAGAGCCCGGUCGCCUUGCGGAUGGCUAGAUUUUCCGAGUCCCGGUCCCGGGAACGUGGACUCUUCAAGGACGGCGCGCACACGAGCUGGUCGGGUUCCUGUCCUCCGCGGAGCCCUGGCCGCUGGCGACGCGACAGCAGCCCGGUGGGACUGCUCUUCAAGGAGCCAGCUAGGAGGAGACCGGGAGCCGCUGCCGCUGUUGGAAGCACAGACCGUCCAGACAGCAGACUCGAAAAGUGAAGUAAAAGCUUGCUUUUUCCUCAUCAGAGGACAUUCCCGAAGGCGGGCCCCGUGCGGUCGGCAAACUCUAGUGACUUGACUUGAAGGACACGCCGGAUGCUGUCUCAACAGGGAGGCUCGAAGUCGUUGGCCGAGAAUCUUCAAAGACGUCACAGGUGAAAAAGCUGCCAGCGUUGCCGGGAGCCUCGGGAGGUCUCUGGCAGGCGACCGCGCUACAACCGGUUUCCUGUCUGGCCUCGAACAUCCAGCGUCUGUUGGCGUGACGGGGAUUCUUCUCACCUUUGGAUCAGAAAGCAGGUUUCUCUUAAAACACAUCAGGCUCCGGGAGGCCAGCAGGCCCGUGCCGGCGGCCAGCAGGCCCCCUGAGCAGGAGCGGAAGCGGGAGGCCCUCCAGGGUCCCAUGGCCAGGGAGCCACGCGGCCUCUGGGGGGGUUGAGCCCUCAGGCGGUUUGGGGGGUGGUACACGCGAGGCCGCUCUCCUCUGCUCCUUUCCACUGGCUGAUGUGGUGUGGACGUGGUCCUCGGUGGGAGGAGAAAUCCUCCGACCCUUUCUCUGAGCCUGUCUCGAAUGGUCUGGAGAACCAGGACACCCGCCCGCAGAAGCCCAGUCACCCGGACACCAAGCGGCCCGGCCGGCCGUGGGUUCAGACCCCUGCAGUGGGGAGAGUUUGUGUUUACAGUUUUUCUACCAUCCCCAAGACAAGCAGGCACCUUGAUUUUUCGCAGCCUGGAGCUCAGGAGACCAGAGGUCACGGCCGAGGGGCUGGGGGCAUUCCGUUUUUCUCAAAGGCCGGGCGGGUUAGGUGUUCACAGCGUGCACUCACGGUUCCCAAGCAAACUCUCUCCCUGUGAGAAGAAUCAAAACCUGCAAAGAAAACCUGGGGCAAUUUUUCACGACUUUGAGGCUUAACUAAAAUGAUUUCUACAAAAUAUAUUUUGGCAAAAGCACCAGAAUGGUGUAAUCAAACAUGUUAGGAUCUCGUGGUCAGGGGUAUUUCCAUGAACAAGCAGCUUCCCGGUUCACCAUCUUCCGCGUACAGAAACCAUCUCUGGGCAGCAUUUGGUUGGCUGUGAGCUGUUAUGUUUUUGCAUUUCUGUUCAAAGUUGAUUUGCAUGUUGGAUAUUAAAUUUGUUUUUCCUCAGUGUUUUCCUCCAAUGAA